AUGAAGGAGGCUGGGCGAAUAGACGUGCUCGUCAACAAUGCUGCUGUCUUCGCCACACGCCCCCUGGCGGACACGCCGCUCUCCGAUUGGCGCGUGCUGUUCGAGACGAACCUGCUCGGCGUCGUUGCGAUGGCCCAGGCUGUGUUCCCGCACAUGGCCAAGAGGAAGCAGGGACUCGUUAUAAGCUUCUCCACCGUCCCCACACUCUUACUUUUCCUGUCGUACCUUCCUCCCCUCCUCCACUCCCUCCCCUCCUCCGCUCCCUCCCCUCCUCCCUCCCUCCCCUCCUCCGCUCCCUCCCCUCCCACCGGUUCCCGCGCUUGCCACAGCCCCAUGGCAGCAGCCUAUUCAGCGUCCAAGGCGGCGUUGAACGCGGUGACCAACUGCAUGCGCAUGGAUAUGAAGCUGUUUUCUCGCCCCCCUCCCCGCCCCUCCCACAUGCUCCAUCUCAGGCCCAUGGCAGCAGCCUAUUCGGCGUCCAAGGCAGCGUUGAAUGCGGUGACCAAUUGCAUGCGCAUGGAGAUGAAGCCCUUCGGAGUGCGUGUCAUGCUGGCAGUUCCGGGAUUCAUCAACACCAACAUACACAGGUGA